UUGACAAAGUUCCCUCAAAGGGCUUUUGUAGUAUUACAAUCCAAAGAUGGAGGGGAUGUCUUCCGGGAAAAGCAUAUUCAAGAGAUAAUACGUUUCGAUGAUGAGAUGACAUUGGCUCUGAACCAGACAGAUGAGAAUGGUCAAGCUGCCUGUUCACCUUUGUGUAGUCUGAAUCGACCAUUUCAUCUUUUACUGCAAGCAAAAGCUAAGAAUGAGAGCGACGACAUACGAUUGAGUUUCCCAAUCACUAGAAUACAGAAACUGCCACUCUACUUAGGAUUGCAUUUGGGUCUGGUUGAGAAAGGAGUCGAUAGUAAUGGUCAGCCCUCAAUAUCAGCUAAGUCAGUCAUUUUGUGGUAUUUCUCAAGAGCCGAUACACCAGAGAGAAUCAAAACAUAUAGGGAGGUUACACUCCGAUUCUUUGAGUUGAGUAUCAAUAAUUCCUAUUCUGAACAUAUCAACGUCACCAUUUUCGGGGAUGAGAUUGCUAAUCAUGAAAUGGUGCGAGGGGCCUUAGAGGCGACAGUUCUAAUGUCAAUCGGCUUCAUCUUCUUACUCGUAUUCGUUGUUAUCGUUGUGUGGACCCAAACAGACAAUCUGCGAAUCAUUCCUUUCCUAGUGAUCGCUACUAUCCUAACACCCUUCUUGGCUACUGUGUCUGCUUUUGGCUUUCUGGCUUGGCUGGGAUAUCCAAUAUACUCCAUGCAGUGCGUGACUCCCUUCUUAGUUUUGGGAAUCGGUGUCGAUGAUGCUUUCAUUCUGAUGCAUCGUUGGAGAGCAAGAAGACGAAUAAUGAAUCCAUCAGAUCGUCUCCGGAGCGUCAUUGUAGAUGUUGGUCCAUCUAUCAGUAUAACAUCAGUAACCAAUAUCAUUGCAUUCGGUGUUGGUUUUGCAACUCCUACGCCUCAGAUGUCUCUGUUCUGUUUAUCAACCUCAGUAGCUUUACUCUUCGAUUAUAUUUUCACCUAUACCAUAUUGGCUCCCGCAGUAUUCUUGUCACGAUCGCGAAACUAUGAAGCUGUGGCUCAAAAUCAAAAUGAAAAUCAAAAGCAGGAAAAUGGAAAUUCUGCGCCUUUGGCUAUAAGUCAAGGAGAACAGGACAUUGUCGAGCCUGAUGAAGAUAACAGUUUCAUAUCAAGAUUUAUUGUAAAGUACUCCUGUUUCCUCACCAGCUUGGGUGGUAGAGCAACGUGUAGCUUAUUGCUCUGUCUUCUGUACCUUUUCUCGAUAUUUGGAGUUUUGGGCAUGAGAUCGACCUUCGAACCGGCGAAAGCUUUUCCCAGUGAUUCUCCUCUAGUCAGUGCUCUGAUUGGCAUCAGGCCCGUGUUUGAUACAUUCUAUCCCGUGCACAUCUUUGUUAAGCAUCCUCCUGUUCUCAGUAAUGAAAAAGAGUACGAGGAGUUCUAUCAAAUGAUUAGUCGUUUGGAAGCUAUACCCGGUGCCUAUUCUCGUAAUUUGACUCAACUCUUCUUGAUCCCUUACGAAGAAUUUGACAAAAGAACAACUGCUUUGAUGAACAGUUUGUUCUUCCUACCAAGUGACAAUUACAAACCAACAACUCAUAAUCUGCCCGAUUGGUUAAGCUCUAUUGGCAACCCAACUCAUAUCCGUGUACUUCCAUCGAACAGCUCGAGUGAGCCAACUUUGUCUUCGUUUUCAUUCUCGGUACUGGGUAAGGGAAUGGCCGAAUGGGCUAACAGAGCAGAAUUUGUCCACUCCAUUCGCCAUACUUUACACCAAUAUCCACAGUUCAACGCGAGUUUGUUCGAUGCCGACUCGGCUGUAUUAGAACUCAUAUUAACGGUGAGAACUGAUCUAAUUGGUUCUAUCGCUGUAACUGUGGCCUGCAUGGCAAUCGUUUGUCUAUUGUUUGUAAGUAGUAAAUGUGGCGUAGCAAUUAUAACCUACGUUAUUGCUUCUGUUUGUUUUGUUCUUGUUGGCUGUUUGGCAUGGUGGGGAGCUGAUCUCGAUCCUGUAACUCAAGUCGACGUAUUGCUAGCCACGGGAUUUAGUGUUGAUUAUACCGCUCAUAUAGCUUAUAAGUUUUAUAAAUGUCAAGGAACUGCAGUAGAGAAGAUCGAAGCAAGUUUACGGGAAAUGGCUUUGCCUAUGGUCCAGGCGGGCCUAUCAACGUUCUUAUGCAUGUUACCUCUGAUUCUUGUUCCUACUUACACAAUUGUUGCUUUUGCAAAAACAGUGUUCUUAGUUGUUGGAAUAGGUCUCGUACACGGGCUGUUUGUUCUUCCUGUUCUACUCGGAGUAACUGUUUCGAACUCACUUGAUGAGUUACCAAGUUUGGACAAAAGCUCACAAAGGAUAUCUCGUGAUACAGCAGAAGAAAUAAUGGUCAGUAAGCGUGAUUCGGAAGACUAA